AUGCGCGCUGCCUUCUCCGGAUCCUCCACUGGCGGACGCGCUGCGCUGCUGAAUGGCGCGACGUCGGUCGAGCUGAGAGCUCCCAACGGGCGAUCUUGGGCGCAACCUACUGGUCUGUUCAUCAACAACGAAUUCGUCAAUGGCACAGCUCAAGCCAUCACUUCCAUUGACCCUGCUACGGAGCAAAUCAUCACAACCGUGCAAGCCGCGAGCCAAAGCGAAGUCAACCUCGCCGUGCAAGCUGCGCACAAUGCAUUUCAUAAAGGCCCUUGGAGGAAAAUGUCCGGCAGCGAUCGCGGGGUCCUGAUCAACAAGCUGGCAAACCUCAUCGAGGCCGAGAAGCACAUCUUCGCCACCAUUGACGCGUGGGAUAAUGGCAAGACGUACCACGACGCAUUGGACGGUGACCUCACCGAGGCCGUUGGCGUCAUGCGGUACUACGCCGGAUGGGCGGACAAGGUGCAUGGCCAGACAAUUUCGAUACCCAACAAAUUCGCAUACACCCUCCGCCAGCCCGUCGGCGUGGUCGCGCAGAUCAUCCCCUGGAACUACCCGCUGGCCAUGGCGACGUGGAAGCUCGGCCCGGCGCUGGCGAGCGGCAAUACAGUCGUCCUCAAAGCGGCGGAACAGACCCCAUUGAGCAUCCUGGUGCUAGGCGAGCUCUUUAAGGAGGCGGGCUUCCCUCCUGGCGUGGUCAACUUUAUCAACGGCCACGGGAAGGAGGCUGGACCGGCACUUGUGCAGCACCCUCUCGUGGACAAGGUCGCUUUUACGGGGUCCACGGCGACGGCUACGCAGAUUAUGAGCAUGGCAGCGCAGACGCUCAAGAGCAUCACCCUCGAAACAGGCGGCAAGUCACCGCUGCUCGUCUUUAGUGAUUGUGAUUUCGAGCAGGCUGUCAAGUGGUCGCACAUGGGGAUCAUGUCCAACCAGGGCCAGAUUUGCACAGCCACGUCCCGCAUCCUUGUCCAGAGGGAUGUAUACGAGAGAUUCGUGCAACGCUUUGUCGAAGAGGUGGAAAAGACCAGCAAAGUUGGCCUUCAGUGGGACGAGUCCACGUAUCAGGGUCCCCAGGUCACCAAGCAGCAAUUUGACCGGGUUCUGGAGUACAUUGAGCAUGGCAAGAAGGAGGCCAAGGUCGCAACGGGUGGUGGUGGGAAGGUUGAUGUCAACGGGUCAGGGAAGGGAUACUUUGUCAAACCCACCGUCUUUGUUGAUGUGCCGCCCACAGCGAAGAUCUGGCGUGAGGAGAUAUUCGGACCUGUGGUUGCCAUGUGCCCAUUCGAUGACGAGGCCGAGGCUAUCAGGCUGGCCAAUGAUUCCGCAUACGGCCUGGGAGCUGCGGUGUUCACGCAGAACCUGGAGAGAGCGCACCGUGUCGCGGAGCAGGUUGAGAGCGGCAUGGUCUGGGUGAACAGCACGCAGGACUGCGACCCUCGCGUCCCAUUUGGCGGCGUCAAGCAGAGUGGGAUUGGACGCGAACUAGGAGAGGCUGGGUUGGAAGCAUACACCCAGAUCAAGGCCGUGCAUGUGAAUAUGGGCAACAGGAUGUAA